AAUGUUAUCCAUCAACAAUGAUGACGACUACAUCAGUCUCAUCAACAGCAGCAACAACAACAACAACGUUAUUAUCAUUGACAUCUACUACGACGACGACAACCACAACAUCCAUAUCAAAUCAACAGACAAUAUUUCGAAAUUAUCAUCAUUAUCAUCUUGAUAAUAAUAUUUCAAUUAUGAAUGAAAGAUUACAGCCAUCAUCUUCAUCAUCAUCAAUGAUAAAUCAAACGAAUAAAUCAUUUAUACAUAAUCAUCGAUUACGACGACGACAACGACAUGCAAGUUUUUCUUGUACCUCAUCAUUAUCAUCAUCUUCAUCAUCGUCAUCAUCAUCUUCAUUAUUUCAUACGAUUGAUCAUCAUCAUGAUAGAUCAUCAUCUAUCAAUAUGAUGUCCUAUAAUAAUAAUAAUAAUAAUAAAUGGACGUUAAUAGAACCGGAAGUGGUUGGAAUAGCUAUCCAUAAUUUUCAACCAUCACAAUCAUCAUCAUUGAAAGAUAAACAAAAUCGAUAUUUACCUAUAUUAUUGGGUGAUAUUGUCAUUAUUGUUGAAUGUUAUGGUAAUCAAUGGUAUCGUGGAUAUCGUCUAUAUGAUUCGACUAUAAAUAACAACACGACUCACAUGAACCAUAGUAAACAACAACAACAACAAUUGGGUAUAUUUCCAGCAAAUUUCAUUCAUGUAUUUGAUGAUUAUCGUCAAUAUCGUUUACGAUCGGAAGACAAUGAUAAUUCAAUGGCAUUUUUUUAUUAUACAUUAUUAGAUCCAUUAUAUCUACAGGUUAUACGAACAUUACGUGAAUGGUAUCAUUUGCUCAUCUGGAAUUAUUAUCGGUUAAAUAUUAAUAUUGAAAAAUUUUUAAUCGUACGAAAUCUUAUCUAUGAAUUAUUUGAAUUAAUAUCUACUACAUUAGGUCGUGAUCUAGCACCAACAUUAUGGCGUCGUCGACGUAAUCAAAUGUUGAAAAUAAAUUCCGAUCCCAAAGAUCCAUUUGCAAGACUUUAUUUGGGUGAAGAUCAUGAUGAUAAUGAUAAUGUUGAUAAUGAUAAUGAUGUUAAUAGUGGAAUUGGUCAUGUAGAUGGUGAUAUAUCCAUCGAUGAAUGUCAACGUACAAUAUCAUCAAAUAAUUCGAUUGAAUCGAUGAAAAACAUAAUCAACACAUCCAAUACAUCUACAAUGUUGGAUUCAAAUCUUGAAGAUCUAUAUGAACGUAUUUUAUGUAAAUUAAAUCAAGGAAAUCAACAUCUUAACAUGGACAUAAUGCCCAGUUUUACACAUGGUACAAAUAUUCUUCAAACAUUAAAAUCAAAUGAUCAAUGUAUUGGACAAUAUCAAAUUGAAAAUUUUCUCAUCAAUGACAACCAUCAUAAAUCAUUGAUUGAACGAAUUAAACAGCGUACAAAAUUUUUUCCCUAUUAUCCAACCCGAAAAGAUCAAUGUAGAUAUCUACCACAAAUACUUGAUUAUUACAAUCAAAUUAAUCGUGGUUUUAAUCAGAAAUUUCGUUCAAAUAUAACAACAUCAAUUAAUCAACACCGACAUUCAUUUUCAUCAUUCUUAACACCAUCACCAACAACAACAACGCCGAAAACGACACCGGCAACAACAAAUUCAAAUAAUUUGAUUCGAAAAUUUCGGCGUCAUUUAUUGUUCACUAUACGUGAUGCUAAUUUUGCUCUUUCCUCAGCGACAAAUAAUGGUUCAACAUCCGGUGGGAAUAGUCAUACAUUGGAUUCGGAUCAAUUACAAAUUGAAGUUUAUAUAGUUCGAUGUAAUCAUAACCAAACGGAUCAAUCAGAUACUACAACAACAAAUUCUUCAACAAAUGUUGCUAGUUAUGAAGUAUUGACUGAAAAAUUCUGUUACCGUUUACCAUCCAAUCAUUCAUCCUCAUCAUCAUCAAGUCGUAGUUCCCGUAAUCAAGUAAAUCGGGCAUUAUUUCUUGAUGUUCUUUCCAAACGAACACCACAGAAUCUUAGUUCUGCACACGGUCAUCAUCAUCAUCAUUUGUUUAAUCAUCAACAUUCAUCACAACAUUCAGAUGCAUCAAAUUAUUAUCUAAUUGUGCAAGUUUGGCGUUUUGGACGAACAUUAACUAAUGAUAAUAGUCGCAAUAGUGUUGGCAAAUCAGUUUUAUCCGCAUCGUUGUCAACAACUGGUCAAUCCGUUUUCCAUACAAUAUCAUCGGCAGGUUCAAUUGGAUCAUCAGCUGCAGCUGCUGCUUCAAAUUCUCUUUCAUCACUUACAUCAUUUGUGUCGAAUUCAUUUUCAAGUAAUUCCAAUACUAAUAAUAAUGGUGAUAGUAAAAUAACACCCGAUUCAUCAUCCAUUGAUUCUUCAUCGGAUUCACAUUCAUCAUCACAAACAGCAAUGACACAUUCAUUUAAACGUUCCGUUGGUUUUGCUGUGAUACCAUUAUUGGAAUUGGUUAGCCGUGAUAAAGAAAUACGGCCAUCACCGGAAUUAUUUCAAAAUGAAUCACUUUUGUUUAGGAUUCUAUUUUCCGAUGAAUCAUUGUUAUUACCAUUGACAGUUCGUUUAUAUGAAGGUGAUCUGACCGUAUCUAUACUUGAAACAUUAUUAAAGCAUAAUCGUCAAACUGUUGGCCUUUCAUCUGGUCAAUCAUCGUCAUCAUUCUCAUCAUCGUCAUCAUUAUCAUCACAACAGAAUUCUUCAUCAUCGAUCUCAAAGUUAUCAAUGUUGGCAGCAAAUUCAUAUCAAUUGGUUGUCUGCGCAAAAUUUAUCAGCGAAUUAAUGAUCAAUACAAACAAUGUACAGGUGAAAAAAUCAAUUGAAAAUACAAAUAUUCAAUGUCCAACAUUAUCAUUGGCCGAUUAUCUCUUGUUAACUCAUAAUCGUAAUCAUAAUUCAAAAUCGAAUGAUUGUCCUUCAUCAACGGUUGAUUGUUCAAAUAAUCAGAAUAAUUUUGUUCUCAUUCAGAAACGUUGUUUCGGUGAUCUUAUUACAGCCGGUCAUUUUCGAAAUGAUUUCUAUUUAACAUUAGAAUCGGCUGAAUUUGAGAAAGGAGGUAAAACAAUAGCAAAAAAUAUUGAAGUAUCCGUUUGUCUUAUCACUGAAAAUGGUAUACAAGAACGUGCAAUUUAUUCUGGUAUAAAUGCCGAUCCGGUUACUAUUUAUCGUUCACAUAUUCAAUAUCAUCAAAAUUCCCCAAAAUGGUUUGAACAUUUAAAAAUAAAUGUACCGUUGGAACAAUUUGAAAUGGCUCAUUUACGUUUUACAUUUUGUCAUUGUUCAUCGAAAGAGCGUGAACGUAAAUUUCUUGGAUUUUCAUUUCUACCGUUAGCCGAUCAAAAUGGUGCAUGUCUUUCGGAUGGUGAACAUGAACUAUAUAUCUAUAAAUGUGAUAAUGAACGUAAACUUGACGAUAGCCGUUUUUAUCUGCAACAAAUUCCAUGGAGUCCAAAUCAUUUGAAAGAUCGCAAAGGAUCAAUGAAUUCCCAAAGUUCAAUAUCAUUGAAUUCAACAACGACAUCAUUAUCCUCAUCAUCGUUGUUAUCAUCAUCAGCACAAUCAUUAUUGAAUUCUCGUUCAUCUAAAGAAAUGUUUCAUGUGAAAACGGUAUUAAUCUCUUCAAAGUUAACACAGAAUUCCGAUAUUUUAUCAUUGUUAAAAUGGUCAUCAUUACAAUUGGAUCAGGUAUUCGAUUCAUUACAACGACUUAGUCGUGUUCCAGGUGAAGAAAUGGUUAAAUUUCUUGAAGAUAUUCUUGAUGCAUUAUUUGCAUUGUUUACAAUGACCACAGUCAAUACUGUUACAAUUACGAAUUCAUCUGGAUUAUCUCAGCGAACACUAUCAAUUUUUCGUGUAUUGAUCGAUUUUUUCAAAACACUUAAUGAUCCGAAAUUUGUAUCCUAUCGUUCAGCAUUGGAAAAAUAUAUCGAAAAACAAUUUUCAGCACCAUUAGUAUAUUCAGGUUUAAUCUCAUGUGUACGACGUUAUGUUGAAAUGGUCAUUGUUUCCAUACAGCAAACAAAUAGUGACCGAACAUCUGUUGAUUCAUCAACGACAACCGUUACGAAACGUGAUCUCGAAUUUAUUCUACGUUGUCUGUCAGUGCUAGAUUGGAUUUUGAAAAUUAUUGUUCAAUCAAGAAUUCUAUAUACUCGUGCAUCCAUAACAGGCAAUUUAAUGAUAGAAAAUUCGGAUCUUCAAAACGAUGAUCAAUUUAAAAUAGAAUUACUUUCGCUUUUUGAAUCAAUUCAACGGUUGCUUAAUAGUGAAUGUAAAUCAUCCGAUGAUUAUCUUAUUGUCGCCAUACAAGAAGCGGCCUUGAAUUCUUUACCUAAUGCAUUUGAAUUCCUUUCGCAAAUUCUUCGGCCAUUCGAAAUGGCAAAAUUGGUUCAAUCAUUAGUUCAACUAAAUAAUCAUUCAGCAGCAUCAUCAUCUUCAAUCAAUAAUCGUCUAUCAGAAUGUUUUUCACCCACUGGUUCAUCAUCAUCAUCAUCGAUAACACCAACGAAUUCCGCAACACCUAUAUUGAAGAAGAAACCAUCGACAAUUAUUAAUGCAAAAUUAUCAUUGCUACAACAAUCAAUUAAAUAUCCAUACGUAUGGAUGAUUGAUGAAGAAGCACGAUUAGAAUUGCUGGAUACAUACAUACGAAUGUUGAAUAUCUGUAUUGGAGAAUCAAGAUAUUCAUUGAAUAUUCUUCGUGAUAUUAUUGUAUUUUUGAUUGAUAAUUCAGGAAAAUUUGAUCCAUGUUUAGUACGUCGUGCCGGGCAACGUUGUAUUCAUCAUCCAAAUGAGCGAGAAAUUGAAAUGUUAUCAUUUGGUGUGGUUGAAUCGAUUGUUGAACAUAUAAUAGAAUUGAUCGGCAUUGUUCCGACAUCAUUCGAUCAUGUACUGAUUGAUCAUCAUCAUCAUCGUCAUACAAGAAUAACUGGUAAUCAUAUGGAUUCAACAGAAACAAAUGAUUAUCUUGGAACAUUAAUAAUUUGUUUAAUGGUACUAUUCGAUUAUAUGUCAGCAAAACAUUUUGAAAAAUUAUUUGAAAAACGAUCUCAAAGUCAAUGUAAAGAAUUAUUAUUGAAUUUAUUCGCUGUCUUUCUCAAUGCAUUAUAUUAUUUUCCGGAUAAUUGGUUCGAAAUUAAAAUGGCCAUCAAUCGUAUAAUGUUACAUUCGCUUACAAUGUUACGUACAAUAAUGUCACAUAAAUUUCUUGGCCAGGAACAUUUUGACGAAACAAUAUGGCGAAUGUAUUUUAAAUUAGCUAUUGCUUUUCUUACACAAUCUCGAUUACAAUUAGAACAAUCAUCUUCAUUGCCAUCAUCAUCAUCAUGGGAAAAAAGACGUUUCAUAUUGGAUGUAUAUGGUUGUGAUAUGCGUAUUAUAAUGGGUUUUGAAUUGGUUUCCUGUUGGGAUCUAAUCGGACCCUUUAAAAUAUCAUUUAUACCGAAUCUAGUUGGAUCGUUUAUUGAUGUAACAUUAGUACCGGAAUUAGAACUUCGUUGUGCUACUAUACCGAUAUUCUAUGAUAUGCUGAUGGUUGAUUAUAUGGCUAAUGCUAAUUUCAAACAGGUUGAAGCUGCUCUUUUAGAUAAAUUGGAUGUCGUCGCCCAUCGAACGGAAUGUGAUCAACAAUUCAAAGAGUUAUUCACUCAAAUUUUAUCAGACAAGAUUAAUGUACAAAAACCUGUUUGGUCGGUAGAUGGAUUGAAACUAGUUCGAUCUAUAUCCAGAUUUCUAACAUUAUUAAUCGAUUAUCGUAAUGAAUUGAAACGUAAAUCUUCGACACCUAAAAAUGUCGCCAUGUCUUCUGCUUCAUCAUUAAAAUUACCACAAAACUGUAUGGAUCCUGAAAUUGGCUGUGAUGAUCGUCUAUUAAUCUGUACCUAUACGUUAUUACGUUUUUGUUUGGAUGAUAUUGAUUCGAUGAACCGUAAAACAAUCAUGUCCAGAUAUUUGGAAAAAUUGGCCAAUAUUCACACAUUACUCGGCAAUUUUGCCGAAGCCGGUUUCACCCUCAAAUUACAAGCUGAUCAAUUAACAUGGUCAACGGAAUCAUCGCGUAAAGAAUCUCUGUGCCAAACUAUGUUGAAUUAUUUUGAGAAAGGUCAUUGUUGGGAAGAAGGUAUUCGUGUCUGUAAAGAUCUACAACAGGUUUAUGAACGUAAUUUUAAAUAUCGAAAAUUAUCCGCCAUAUUAAAACGUAAUGCCGAACUAUUGGACAAGAUUCUUACCGAACAUCGUCCUGAUAAUGAAUAUUUUCGUGUAUCAUUUUAUGGCAUGGAUUUUCCAUCAUUUUUGCAAAAUUCUACAUUCAUAUUUCGUGGUUUAGAAUUUGAGAAAAUCUCUUCUUUUACUCAUCGUAUUCAGCGAGAAUUUCCUGAUGCUCAAUUGUUGACCAAAGUUAUACCUACAGAUGAAAAUAUUACCGAAUCUAAAUGUCAAUAUAUACAAAUAUUUUCAGUAAAACCAAUACCUGAAUUGCCUAUAGCAGCCGAUUUAUUUGGUCCUGCCGAUCACCAAGCAUUACAAUAUUAUCAAACGAAUUCCGUACGACAAUUCAGUCAAGAUCGUCCUAUUCAACGUGGGCCAUUUGAUCCUAACAACGAAUUCAAAUCAUUAUGGAUCGAACGAACUAUUUAUACGACAGAACAAUCAUUACCAGGAAUGUUGCGUAUGUUCAAAGUAACAUCGACAUUAGUCACAUAUUUAUCGCCGAUUGAAAAUGCUUGUGAAACUAUUGAGAAUAAAAAUUCAGAACUAUCGAAACUCAUACAAACUUAUGGUGGUGCAGGACAAGAAUCUGCUAAUCGACCCGAAUCGAUUGCACCAUUAUCGAUGCGUUUGCAAGGCAUAUUGGAUGCAGCCGUCAAUGGAGGUGUUGCCAAAUAUAUUGAAGCGUUUCUUGGAUCGGAAUUUUUAUCCGCCAAUCCUGAUCAAGCAACAAAUGUUACCCGUCUAAAAGAUCGCAUUGCACAACAAAUUCAAUUAGUUGAAGCUGGUCUACAACUUCAUGGUCGAUUAGCACCGACCGCUGUUAGGCCAUUACAUACACGACUUUUGGAACGAUUUUCAACAAUGCGCACCACUGUUCAUCAAGCAAACAUUGAAACUUCACAAGCAUUAUUAUGGUGUCCAAAUGUUUCUAAUCACAAUAGGCCAUCAAUACUGUCACAGCCAUUACCACCUAUACCACAACGUACCAAUCAUUCGGAUAAUGUAAGCAUUGGUGAAAUAUCACAAUCAUCGUCAUCGGAUACAUCAUCCCUUUCUUCGAAUUCUUCAUUAACAACAGCGACAGCAAUCAUUGCUCAUCCAUCCAAUUUGUCACAAUCGAAUCAUUUGCAUAAUCAUCACCAUCACAGCCAACAUCAACAUGAUCGUUUAUCAUUACGAACGCCCCCAUUAUUACAGCCUCCUCCGCCACCACCUUUUAAUCAUCAAUCACCAGGGACAAAAUCUUUGAAGAAUAAACCAUUACCACCAUUGCCACCGACUUCAUCAUCCAACAAUAUCAGCGAUCAACAUCAACAACAUCCAGCUAUUAUUAAACGUCAUAAUUCUAAUGUUGAACAUCGGCCACGAUUAGUAGCAAAACAGCUACCCGUCGAAGAUAGUAUUUAUUCCGUGCCUCAAUAUACUGAUCUUGAUCUUUGCAAUUUAUUGCCAGAUAAUGAAAGUUCAGUAGAUGAUAGCAUGGAUUAUUGUGAUGUUAAUGUCAACAAUUCGUCAAAUCGUAAUACAGAUGGAACAACGGAUGGACAUCAAUUGGCAAAUAGAAUUAAUCGUUCUUUUUCGAUACCAUCAUCAGCCAUAACAAUGUCAUUAUACAAUAAUGGCCAAAAAGCUAAUCUAAUCGAAUCAGUUGUUGAUAAUAUUGAUGAUAUGAAUGUUGCUACUACUUUACCGCCGCCACCAUUACCGCCACGAUCUUCAGGUUCGACAUUAGAUCGUUCGAAUUCUCUAAAUUCAGGAAGAUAUCGUCCCAGCAGUAAUGGACCACCUCCCACACCGCCACCACCUCUUCCCCCAACUUUACCUCAGCGGCCGAUGAAAAAAUCAUCAUCCAUAUCGGCAGCUACUAAUAGUACAACAGUUUCUAAUGGUGGCCGUUCAUCUUGUACACCACCAAUCAUACCAAUAUCUAAGCAAUCUAUCGAUCUUGGACCACCAAUGGAACGUCCACCUCCUCCUCCAUCAGAAAUUUCAUCAUCAACAUCUAAUAACAAUUCUCAUUUUACUACAUUCGAUGGACUAGAAUUCGAAAAUCUCUUGCUUUCAUCACCAACACCAUUAUCGCAACAAACAACAACAUCACGACCAGCACCGAUUAUUGGCAUUGAAAUUAAUAAUAAUUCCAAUACUACUACCACCAUUAAUAAUAAUAAUGAUUUAUCAUUGAUUUUGGAUGGAAUAACCGAUAAUCCGUUACUCAAUCAUCGUCAAUUGGAAGUGAAUCGUACGAAAUCAAAUUCUUUACCAAGAAGUUUACAACAACAAUUUACUGAUUCAUUGUUAAAUAAUAAUCAAAAUCUAAUUAACGAAAAUAAUAAUAUUAUGGAUCCAAUCGUUCAAUUGAAUUCAAAUCUUCCAACCCAAACACAACCAUCGCCAUUAACAACAGCCACUGGAACUACAUCUAGUCUUUUAAUUGAUUGAUUUUUUUUUAAUUUCAAUUUCAAUCCACUUUGUGCCUCUUUUCGUUUUUUUUCACUUUAACUCAAUAUCAUUUUAUGAAACAUUCAUUUUU